AUGAUCAUCACAACCACCUUCCUUGUGGCCCUCUUUUCCUACCUCGGCCUUGCCUCCGUCGGCCACAAGUUCUUCAUUCACCAGUUCUACGUCACAAAGCUGUUGCAGCUUUUUGAGUACGGCAACCGUCGCGUGAAAAAAGUCAACGAGCGAAUGCAACAGUCGAGGGAGCAAAAAAGAAAACUCAGUCUGAUCAAAGAGGGCCAAGCCAUCUCCAAGCCAGAGCCCGAUGAUGUGGAGAUUGAGUCUGAAUCAGAAACGGACAGCGCCUACGGAGAGGAGCUGGAGUACGAUCGAAACAACAUUCAGGCGAGCACCUACCAAGGACGAACUCGGUCGGCCAGUCUCGGCCUGGGCGAGCAGAAGCACGAACUAGACCUUUUUGCCGUCUCUGACUUUGCCCGUGCUGGCAUUCAGUCGAUCGUCGACGACCAGGUGACGAAACGCUUUGCCGCGAAGGAGCUGCAAACGUGGAAUCUGCUGACGCGAACGGACAAGUUCUACCACUACAAGUCCCUGCGACUGGCGGCCAUCUGGCUGACGGGUGCCUUCUUCCGCUACUUUAUCCUAUUUCCCUUUCGCGCCAUCAUCACCAUUGUCGGCGUCCUCUUCCUCAUUGCCAUCACCGGUCUGAUUGGACUCAUCUUUCCGGAGGGUCCAAUCAAGAAGUGGGUCUACUACUCGGUCAGUAUCAUGUGCUUUCGCAUGUGCUCGCGUGGCUUUUCCGGCGUGAUCACCUACCACAAUCCGGAGAAUAAGGCUCGUGGUGGUGGAAUUUGUGUGGCGAAUCACACCUCGCCUAUUGAUGUGGUCAUUCUGCACUGUGACAACUCCUAUGCGUUAGUUGGACAGAAGCAGGGCGGUUUUCUGGGUAUCAUGCAACGGGCGCUGGCUCGUGCCGCUGAUCACA